GUGAAAACGCAUAUAUUACACCCAUCCCCCCACAUGCCCACAUUACGUUUUCGCGUGAACAUCACACCAAUGACUGGGCUUAAAGCACUCUCACAGGACCGCGAAAUCAUGGACCUGCUCUCGACCGUAUUUAGCCAAGAGUUCCACUACGGCACAUAUGAGUCGUCGACGACGAUCACCCCCUUCGCCGUCAAAUCAGAGCUGUGCCUGGUGCCCCCACAACCGACAGUCUCCGACCACAGCAACGACCACAGCAAUGACGGCAACGUCCAUAGCAGCAACUCACACAACGACCCGUCGCCCAAACGACACUGCGUACGUCAUGGGAAAGGAAAGCGAUGCCGUGUCGAAGACUGCACGUCCAGUGUCAAGCUGUACGGGGUGUGCUGGAAGCACGGCGGGUCUCGAUUAUGUCAACGCGAAGGCUGCAACAACCACUCCAAGUCCCGAGGGCUAUGUUGGUCUCACGGCGGCGGCAAGAAGUGCGAGACGCCUGGGUGCAAAAAGACUGGCUUGAGGGGUGGGCACUGCUGGGCACAUGGUGGAGGUAAACGAUGCAGGAUGCAAGGAUGCCAGCAGCCUGCAUACGAAAGAAACGACAACUUGUGCUACAGACACUGCGACACGGGCGUUUAAGUAGUGUAAAGCGUCAACAUUUACAAGGUCAACCUUGUUUAGCU